CGUCAUUUCCGUCUGCCGCUCUCUUUUUGCCGUGAGGUGAAGAUCUCUAUACGGCGUUGUCUCGUGCUCUCCCACUAAACUCGUUGCACAGGGAAAGUGGUCACGAUGUCCGGAGGUCUGGAUGUCCUUCAGAUGAAGGAGGAGGAUGUGCUGAAGUUCCUGGCUGCAGGAACCCAUCUGGGUGGAACCAACCUGGACUUCCAGAUGGAGCAGUAUGUCUACAAGAGAAAAAGUGACGGCAUUUACAUCAUUAACCUGAAGAAAACUUGGGAAAAGCUGCUGCUGGCUGCUCGUGCCAUCGUUGCCAUUGAGAACCCUGCUGAUGUUUGUGUCAUUUCUUCCAGGAACACGGGUCAGAGGGCCGUGCUCAAAUUUGCCUCUGCCACUGGGGCUACCACCUUUGCUGGGCGCUUCACGCCUGGUACAUUCACCAAUCAGAUUCAGGCUGCCUUCAGGGAGCCCCGCCUCCUGAUUGUGACCGACCCUCGUGCUGACCACCAGCCGCUGACUGAGGCUUCGUAUGUGAACAUCCCCACUAUUGCUCUGUGCAACACUGACUCUCCACUCAGAUACGUUGACAUCGCCAUCCCCUGCAACAACAAGGGUCCUCACUCCGUGGGGCUGAUGUGGUGGAUGUUGGCCCGUGAGGUGUUGAGGAUGCGUGGUACCAUCUCCCGUGAGCAUCCAUGGGAGGUGAUGCCUGAUCUGUACUUCUACAGAGAUCCUGAGGAGAUUGAGAAGGAGGAGCAGGCUGCAGCAGAGAAGGCUGUUGGGAAGGAGGAGUUCCAGGGCGAGUGGUCGGCUCCUGUCGCUGAUAUUGCUCAGCUCGAAGUACCCGACUGGUCUGAGGGUGUGCAGGUGCCAUCAGUACCCAUACAGCAGUUCCCUGCUGGCAUCGAUGCUGCUGCUAAGCCCGGACCCACGACUGAGGGUUUCUCCGAGGACUGGAGUGCGCAGCCUGCCACUGAAGAUUGGAGUGCAGCCCCCACUGCUCAGGCUGGAGACUGGGGCGGCUCCACUGCUGAGUGGUCCUAAACACACACACUCUUCAGUUUGUGUUUGUGUUCAGCCAAUAAACUUGAUGGCUUGA